AUGAGCGACGACGAGUGGUGGGCGCUGAGCACGCACCCGUCUGAAUGGGGCGGGACGCCCGCGCCGCCGGUGAAGACCGCGCGAGGCGCGGAGAUGGCGGACCUCGACGCGCGCUCGAGGAUCGUGGACCACCUCGCGCGGCUCACCGCGCUCGCGUCGUCCGCGCGAGGACGACGCGCCGGCGACGCCGCGGCGGUCGCGGUGGAAGCGCUCGCAUCCGACGCGCGAUCGCUCGCGACCGCGGCGGGGGAGCUCGAGCGCGCGGAGAGGGACCUCGCGCGCGCGCGCCGAGUCCUCUCCCUCGCGACCAGCGCGUCCGCGGGGAGGAGGAGGAGGAGGAAUGGGAACGGCGGCGCGGGAGGAGGGAGGGGCGGGGACGACGCGUCGUCGUCCGUCGGGAUCUCUUCUCCAACCCCGCGCGCGUCGUGCGCGGCGGCGUCGGCGGCGUGCGAAUGGCGCGGCGCGUGCGUCGGCCGGUUCCACCGCCACCACGCCGCGCUCGGCCGCGCGCUGCGUCACGACCCGCACUCGCUGCCUCAGAAAGAGAUCGACGCGGCGGUAGAGGCGGAGCGGGACGGCGGCAGAGCGUCCGCGAGAGAGUUGCGCGGCGGCGGCGGCGGCGCGGGGAAUCGUCGUCGCCGUCAGAUCGAGUUCACCCCGGGCGGAGGGAUCAUGCCGCGCCGCGCGCGGUACGUUUCCCCGUGGGCGAAGCACGCCGCGAACGCGGUGCACGUCAUAUCCGACGCCGUGGACGCGCUCGUCGGGGACGGCGGCGGGCUCGUGUUCACCAUCGGCGAAGGUUCGAGAUCGAAAUCGAAAUCGACGUCCAAGCCGUCGCCGGAGCUCGCGUUGCCUUGGCUCGCCGACCGCGUCGAUAGCGUGGGGUCGGUCGUCGCGAACUGGACGACGCACCGGCCGAAGCUUCGACCGACGGGGGUGACGCUGAGCGACCUGUGUUUGCUUCACAGCGACGUCGUGCACGUGGACGACGCGCUGACGCGAGCGGCGGCGUCGUUCGCGCGCGCGGCGGCGGCGGCGCGAGGACGAGGAAAAGAGGGAAAAGAAAACGACGACGACGACGACGACAUCGAUGGCUGCGGCGUCGCCGCUUCCGCGGCGACGACCGCGUCCGCGCGAUACGCCAUCAGACUCGCGCUCGGGAGGCUCACGGACGUCAUCGCGCGAGAGAUGACGACGACGUGCGAUCAACUCUGGUCGGAAGCGCCGAAGGGCGCGUGGAGGACGAGGGGACCGACGACGAGCGAAAAAAACAAAAACGACGCCGUCGAAGCGCGUCAGGUGCGUCCUAUACACUGGUUCCCAUACGACCCCGUUCGCGUGGUGAACGCCGAUCCUUAA